CUCCUCCGGGGCCGCGGCUCCGCGGCGAAGACAGCUGCGAGCGGGGCGGCCAUUUCUAGGCGGAAGCGCGGGCGGCUGGGCUAGCAGAUUGAUUGGUUUGAGUGGUUGGGUCGGCUCUAGGAAACGCCCCGCCGCGGCGAUGGGGUGCUUCCAUUCCACGGCGAAGCGGCAACACCCUGGCUACGAGGACCCCGUGCACCUCGCCUCCCAGACCGCCUUCAGCGUUAGUGAGGUUGAGGCUCUAUUCGAGCUGUUCAAGAGCAUAAGUGGUUCGGUGAUUGAUGAUGGCCUGAUCAACAAGGAAGAAUUCCAGCUAGCACUAUUUAAGAAUCAGAGGAAAGAAAAUCUUUUCGCCAAUCGGAUAUUUGACCUUUUCGAUGUCAAGAAAAGGGGUGUCAUUGAUUUUGGUGACUUUGUCCGAGCUCUAAAUGUGUUUCAUCCAAAUAUCCCAAUGGAAGAAAAAGUCGAUUUCUCGUUCAAGCUAUACGAUAUGGAUGGCACAGGGUUUAUUGAACGAAAGGAGGUUAAGCAGAUGUUAAUUGCUCUCCUAGGAGAAUCAGAAAUGAGGCUAUCUGAUGAGAUCAUUGAGACAAUCCUGGAUAAGACAUUUUCAGAUGCUGAUGCAAAUCAGGAUGGAAAAAUAGAUAGAACAGAGUGGGAGAAUUUUGUCACAAGAAAUCCUUCCUUGAUGAAGAUAAUGACUCUGCCAUACCUCAAGGACAUAACAACAACAUUCCCUAGCUUUGUGUUUAACUCGGAAGUCGACGAUCUCGUCACGUGACCACCACUCUCUCCGAUGUAUAGUUAAUAAGGAGUUUUUUCUCCCCUCAACCGCAAAAAGGAGAACCUGUCGAGGGUUACGAGUGGAGAUUUCCAGCUUUCUCUGGCAAUGAAUGGAGGGUGCGUCAAAUUGGCUGCCACAAAUGUACGAGACGACCUGUAGUUUUCACUCAGGGCUUGUUUGGGAGCAAGUGGAAUGAAGGGUAUUGAUAGGACUAUAAUCCCUUGCUAUCUAAAAUUGAAUAGUGGAGGAUUAUAUGCCCUCCAAUUCACUCCAUUACCUUUACUCCCAAACAAGCCCUCAAUGGUAAUGAUGAUGCUUUUGUGUUGGUGAUGAUUGAGACUGAGUUAGUAUGCAGAUGUGAACAGUUUCCAUUUUUACCAGUGGGAAGGCUGUUUUGUUUGUGAAACUGCGAUGUGCUUGUUUGCACACUGUACUGAUCAAACCUGAUUCUUGUC